UCCCUCCGUCCAGACGCCGCACUUCCUCUGGGUACCGCAUCCCGCAGGCUCCGAGCUUUCUCGACCCGCUCUGUGCCAUGGCCUCUCAGGGUCGUCGGCGGAGGCCGCCGCGGAGGCCCGAGACGGUGGUGCGGGGAGAGGCGGCCGAGACGGAUUCGGAGCUCUCGGCGUCCUCGUCGGAGGAGGAGGAGCUCUACCUCGGCCCCUCGGGCCCGACGCGCGGCCGCCCCACCGGGCUGCGGGUGGCCGGAGAGGCCGCGGAGACCGACUCUGACCCGGAGCCGGAACCGACGGCCGCGCCAAGGGACUUGCCUCCGCUCGUGGUGCAGCGGGAAACGGCCGGGGAGGCCUGGGGUACGGAGGAGGCGCCGGCGGCCGCCUUUGCACCCUACAGUCCCCGUGAUCCUGGGCUGAAGCAGUUAAUUAAGGAGGUGGCGCAGCUGUGA